UUCACAUCAUUCUUCAACAGGGCGUAGCUCGACAAGUGCUUUGAUUAGUAAUCGCCCGUGUUGUGGGUGCUAUAUUAUUGUUUGUUCUUUUAUUUUUAACGAUUUUAUGUAUAAUUUGACUUUAUUUAACAGCGGUUUAUUUUAACAAAUAGUUUAAGUGAUUGGUGAAUCUCAGCGCCAAUAUGUUGAGCGCAAAAUCAACGAUUUUAGCACGUAGCUAUGCUUUAUUUCUGCUGACGCUUGUGGUGGGUGUGUUCGCCCAAUUUGAAUGGCAGCAACGCGAUGCUUUUGAUGAAAUUAAAUAUAGAUUUGAUAAAGUAAAUGGCGAUAAUUGUCCUAUACAACAUAUAAGUGAUCUGUAUCUGCCAGAGGAUACGGUAUCACAUAAGCCGGAUAUAAAGGAGAUAAAUAUCAAUCCGAUAUUCCCUAAUCGUACAGCGCUGCUGCAUUUGCAUAAUAUGGCAUUGAGUCGCAGCUUCUUUUGGAGUUAUAUAUUGCAGUCACGUUUUAUACGUCCAGCUAUUAAUGAUACCUACGAUCCUGGUAUGAUGUACUAUUUCCUAUCUACGGUUGCAGAUGUAUCAGCGAAUCCCUACAUAAACGCUUCCGCUAUAUAUUUUGCACCCAACAGCUCGUAUACAUCUUCCUAUCGUGGUUUCUUCAAUAAAACAUUCCCCCGUUUCGGGCCGCGUACAUUCCGUUUGGAUGAUUUUAAUGAUCCUAUACAUUUGCAAAAGAUUUCCACUUGGAAUACAUUUGAUGUGCGAGAUUUGGGUGCCCAUCCGCCAGAUACAAAAUCACAGGAUUACACAUCAGAUUUAUAUAAAAUCAAUGAAUGGUAUAAGACAUGGCUACCAGAUGAUGUGGAGGGGCGACAUGAUACGAAAACUACCUAUCAAGUAGAAAUACGUUAUGCUAACAAUACAAAUGAAACAUUUACAUUCCAUGGACCGCCUGGUGCCGAUGAAAAUCCUGGUCCAAUUAAAUGGACACGCCCUUAUUUUGAUUGCGGUCGUUCGAAUAAGUGGCUCGUUUCUGCUGUAGUACCAAUUGCUGACAUUUAUCCUCGACACACGCAAUUCAGACACAUUGAAUAUCCCAAAUAUACUGCUAUUGCUGUGCUGGAAAUGGAUUUUGAGCGUUUGGAUAUAAACCAGUGUCCGAAGGGCGAGGGCAACAAGGGGCCAAAUCACUUUGCGAACACUGCGCGUUGUAAAAAAGAAACUACUGAAUGUGAGCCGCUGCACGGUUGGGGCUUCCGGCGUGGCGGCUAUCAAUGUCGAUGUAAGCCCGGUUUUCGAUUACCGAAUGUUGUACGACGACCGUAUUUAGGUGAAAUAGUGGAACGAGCUUCAGCAGAGCAAUACUAUAACGAUUAUGAUUGCCUCAAAAUAGGAUGGGUGCAAAAGGUGCCUAUACAAUGGGAGCGUGUAUCAUACGAUGUGCGUGAGAAAUACUUGGACUUACAUCCGGAAUAUCGCAAUUAUUCGACUGGCUCGCGUAGUUUGCAUGAAGAACAUAUUAAUAUCGAUCAAGUGCUCAAAUUCAUACAUGGCGUAAAUUAUCGUACGUGCAAAAAUUUCCAUCCACAAGAUUUAAUAUUGCGUGGUGAUGUCGGCUAUGGCGCAAAGGAACAAUUUGAGAAUGAAGCAAAAAUGGCUGUGCGUUUGGCGAAUUUCAUUAGUGCCUUCUUACAGAUCUCCGAUCCAAAUGAAGUAUACACCGGUAAACGUGUGGCCGACAAGCCGCUGACCGAAGAUCAAAUGAUCGGCGAAACACUGGCCAUUGUUUUGGGUGACACAAAGGUCUGGUCGGCCUCUAUGCUCUGGGAACGCAACAAAUUCACCAACCGCACAUAUUUCGCCCCACACGCAUACAAGACUGAGUUGAAUACACGUAAAUUCAAAGUUGAAGAUCUGGCACGCCUGAAUAAGACACAUGAAAUCUAUACGGAAAAGAAAUAUUUCAAGUUUUUGAAACAACGUUGGUCUACCAAUUUUGAUGACCUAGAAACGUUCUAUAUGAAAAUGAAGUUGCGACACAACGAAACAGGUGAAUAUAUGCAAAAAUACGAACAUUAUCCGAAUUCAUAUCGUGCGGCAAGCCUGAAACACGGGUAUUGGGCACAACCGCAAUUCGACUGUGAUGGUUAUGUGAAGAAAUGGCUCGUGACCUAUGCGGCACCCUUUUUUGGCUGGGAUAGCCUUAAAGUGAAACUGGAAUUCAAGGGUGUUGUUGCCGUCUCAAUGGACAUGUUGCAGUUGGACAUUAAUCAAUGUCCCGAUUCAUAUUUUGAACCAAAUGCUUACAAAAACACACACAAAUGCGACGAGCGCACCUCAUAUUGUGUGCCCAUCAUGGGUCGUGGCUAUGAAACUGGUGGCUACAAGUGUGAAUGUCUACAAGGCUACGAAUAUCCAUUUGAAGAUCUAAUCACCUACUAUGAUGGUCAAUUGGUAGAGGCUGAAUACCAGAAUAUUGUAGUCGACAAGCAGUCCCGUUACGAUACAUUCCAUUGCCGCUUGGCUGGUGCGUCUGCACUGCAAGUUGCUACCUCACUGCUUGUGUCGCUGUUGGGUUUAACAUUAAUAUUAAUGUAUAAAUUUAGGUGAGAAAUCGGCAGCGAGGACGUCGGCGUAAUUAUAAGAGCAAGUGCCUUUCAUCGCCUUCCAAAACUAAAAAACACAAAACCAAUUCGUCCAUUUUUAAGUACUAGUAUUUAAGUAAGAAUAUUUCAUUACAAAUAGCAGAAACAUAGAUUCAUACACAUAUAAUUAUCUCUUUUCCAAAAAGGUGCGUAUGUCAAACGUUUAUACGUUGUUAUAUUUUGCUUUGAAAAGAAAAGAAAAAGAAUCUCAAACGUAUUCAAGUAAACAACUGCACAAAUAUAAACUUCUUUUCUAAAUAACAACAACAAAAACAACAACAACAGUAUAAGGAAAUCAUAAACGAAUCAUAGAACCAAAACUGCGGUAUGAGCAGCAUUAAUGUUAACAUCAACAACAACAACACAUGCUAUACAUACACACACAUAAGCAUACGCCAAACAAUGGUAGUAAUGCGAGGAACAGUGAACAGUGAACAGUGUCAUCAUUUAUCCAAAGCGAUUAAGUUGUAGACAUAAUCUAUUACAAUGCAUCUGGUUAUUUGUCAUUUGUUGUAUAACAGCAAGUUGGAUGCAUGGCCGUUUGGUGGGGAGCGGAGAUAUCAGCAUCAGCAGGAGAAAGCAACAACAAGCUACAGCUAUAAAACUCGCUCAAGAAAAGCGCAAAUGUUUCAUUGAGCAAAUAUCAACUCUACAGUGUCGUCGAAUACCGCCUUCAGUGCUCAUAUUACAGUCGGAGGGUAUGUAAAGAACGGAAAUACCAACGAACAAAGUUUUUGAGAAUCCACAUACCUUAGCUCGGGGAGCGUAUACAUGACAACAACACUUGGGCAUACCAAAAGCGACAAAAUUGAAAUAAAAGAAAACCUGUUCAAUCAAAAACCAAAUUUCGCUAACUUGCAAACCAUUACUCUCAUCGCUCAGGCGACAAUUUCGCUCCAAAUGCUGAGAAAUUGCGAGGAAUGAGAGUAAUUUUGGCUAAGCUAUGCUAGCCACCCGAAAGGGUUGAAAGCUACGUACAGCUCAGGAGUCUCAUUACAACACUCUGCCGCAUACACUACACCAUUUGAAAGUACUCCUCUUAUUUAUGUAUAUAUAUAUAUAUAUAUAUAUAUAUAUACAUAUAUAUUUUUUUUAUUUGGCCACGCUAUUCAACAUUGUGGUCGCAAAGUCUUAGACAUUCAGAGGCGAUCAAAGUUGAGUGUGCCCAUUGUUGUUGUUGUUAUUGUUAAUGAUGCCCAUGUCUAUCUUGCUGCACCCUUUUAUUGCUAAACGUAAGCUGCUGUCCAUUAGGAUGCGCACACUGCCAUGGCAAAUCGCCAGUCCGUCCGUUUUGAGAUGUUUUGUACCUUAGACGCUUUUUAUUAAGCUUUCCUGUGGCCUCCUGCGUUGCCUGCAACGUUAAUGUUGUUGUUACUCUUUUUUUCUUUAUUUUUUUUUUUGCAUACCCUCCUUCCUUGUUUUUCUAUAUAUUUCAUUAUUUUUUUGCAUGAAUUAAAUAUUUUUUCAUAGUUGAUUAUCAAAUGUGCCUGAAUUUUUAUUAUCUUCGGUUGUGUACCCUGAGAACCUUUUUUCUACAGCCAACAGUGGUGAUUAUGCAUUAGUAAAAAACCAGUUCAACACUUGGACCGACAAAAACGCCGUUACUUUUUUGAAUCGCCGAGCAAAAAAAAAAAACGCAUGCACAUAGAAAAGGUUUGAUAUCAAAAAACGAAAUGCGUGUAAUAAAAAAGCAACGAAGACGCGCUGGCCAUGCAUAUCCUUUGAUGAGCAUAGGUUUUUGCAGCGAAAUAUUUUCACACAUUUUUCAUAGUCAGCACUGAGUUGGCCGCUUAAUCGACAGGCUGCAGAGUAGAAGGCAGGCAAUCAUGCUGCUGUCAGACAGACAGGCAAACAGGACGAUGGUCAGCGCGUUGGUAGUGGUACCUCCUCCUGCUGCUUUUCUUUAUUAUUAAACUUUUCAAUUUUUUCAUUAGAGUUUCUUUUUUUUCAUGUGUGUGUGUGUUUUUUGCAUGUCUUUUUGUAAAGAUGCGCGCUGCUGCAGGCUCUAUUGUAUUCGCGCCACCAACGUGCCAAGCCAACCUUUGUCUGCGUGACACAGCUGUGCGCUUUAUGCGCAACCAGACCAAUAUGAAGAUGAUAAUAAUAAUAAUAAAUAUAAUAUGAGCGUUUGAUACUGUUGUUGUUGUUCUUGGAAAAGAAGAAAUUGCUUUGAUUUUUUAUGAACUCGACUAUCAAAUUUUUUUCCAUAUUAAUUUUUUUUUUUUUUUGCUUUUUUUAAACGGUUGCCAAACUUGUGACCACAAUAAUAUUCCGUUAUACAACAUUGCGUUUUGUAAAAAUCUCGUGUUAUUAUAAAGAGAAUAUUGCAGAAAGGAAUAAAAAGACAUGCCUAAAUGGCCAAACCGAAUCCGUCCAAAAGAGAGAUGCGAAAAAAGACAUAGAAACAGCUCGAAUAAUUGAAUGUUAAAUUAAACACAUUAUAUAUAUAUAUACUACUUAACUUUUGUAUGUAUCAUUUAUGUGCUUUUUUGCCGUAUUAUCAUGUACCGUUAGUGUAGUCUUUUUUAAACGACUCUUUUAAAAAUGAAAUCUUAUGAAAUAUAUAAACAUAUCAAAUAACAAAUAAACUUACAUACAUAUAAGUACAAUAGAUUACACACAUACAUAUGUAUAUGUAUUACUUUAUAUUAAUUUUAAGUUUUAAAACUUUUCGGCAACUUGAAUUAGUAAGCAAAAGUGGAAAAAAGAAAACCAAGGCAUUUAAAGUACAAUAAACACUUUUUUUAAUGAACGACUCAA